GUUUGGCCUUGUGAUUGAGUCGUGGACGAGGAGCCGAGAAACAGAAAAUUAUAAAUACCACGGGAGUACGACUUUCUUUGCCAUUGAGAAAGCAUCAACAGCACGAUCGCAGGAUCACGCUACUGAUUGAUUAUACCACGGCCGGUGCAAUUUCGAUUGAGUGUUUGUGUGUUUGUUUGACGAAUCAACAUGGCCGAUCCAGCUCCAGCCAAAGGCGUCUGGGCCUUGCUCCUGGAGAACCCUUAUAUCCUAGGCCUAUCAGCAUUUGCGAGUCUGGGAGGUUUCCUCUUCGGAUAUGACCAAGGCGUAGUGUCCGGCGUCAUGACCAUGGAGUCAUUCACCGCCCAGUUCCCACGCAUUGGUCUGGACAGCAGCUUCAAGGGCUGGUUUGUCUCGACGCUUCUUCUCCUUGCCUGGUUCGGAUCGUUGAUUAAUGGCCCUAUUGCGGAUCGCGUGGGUAGGAAGGGCUCGAUGUUGGUCGGCGUCGUCAUCUUCACUAUUGGCUCGGCUUUCCAGGCGGGUGCUAAUUCACUGGCCAUGUUGUUUGCAGGACGUGCUGUUGCUGGCUUGGCAGUCGGUAUGCUCACCAUGAUCGUGCCCAUGUACAUGUCCGAGGUGUCAACCCCCGGCAUUCGUGGAACUCUCGUUGUCCUUCAACAACUCAGCAUCACGCUGGGCAUUCUCAUCAGCUACUGGCUCGAGUACGGCACGCAGUAUAUUGGCGGUACUCGCUGCGCCCCCGAUAUCCCGUACACCGGCGGCACCGCUGCAAAGCCGACCUUUGAUCCGCGCAACGACGUCGGUCCUCACGGCUGCACCGGCCAGUCUGAGGCUGCUUGGAGAGUCCCGUUUGCCCUGCAAAUCGUCCCGGCGUUGAUCCUCGGUGUUGGCAUGCUGUUUUUCCCGGAGUCUCCCCGAUACUAUCUCAUGCGUGGCGACGAGACCAAGGCCCUCAGCGCGCUCUCCCAACUCCGAAGAGUCCACCCGGAUACCGAAUCCUUGCGCGGAGAGUACCUGGCCAUCAAGGCGGAGGUGCUUUUCGAUGAAGGCGUCAGGCGUGACAAGUUCCCAGGUAAGAGCGGCCUCUCGCUGUUCGCCGCCCAGCACGUCGCCCUCGUCUCGACCAGAUCCGCAUUCAAACGCCUGGCUAUCGGUUGCUGCAUCAUGUUCUUCCAGCAGUUCAUGGGAUGCAACGCUAUCAUCUACUAUGCGCCCACCAUGUUCGCUCAGCUUGGUCUUUCAGGCAGCACGUCCGGCCUGCUCGCUACUGGUGUUUACGGCAUUGUAAACUGUUUAUCAACACUCCCAGCCCUGUUUCUCAUCGACAAGGUCGGCCGCCGACCCCUGCUCAUGUGCGGUGCUGCUGGCACUUUUAUCUCCCUCGUCAUCGUGGGCAGUGUUAUUGGGGCCUAUGGCACCUCCCAUGGCCUUUCAAACAAGGCAGCCGGCUGGGUAGGCAUUGCUUUUAUCUACAUUUACGACAUCAACUUCUCCUUCUCCUUUGCCCCCAUCGGGUGGGUUCUCCCCUCAGAAAUCUUCAACCUGGGCAACCGCUCGAAAGCCAUGGCCAUUACCACGAGUGCGACAUGGAUGUGCAACUUCAUCAUCGGCCUUGUCACCCCCGAUAUGCUGCAAUCGCUUGGAUGGGGCACUUACAUCUUCUUCGCUGCCUUUUGCCUUCUCGCCCUUGUAUUCACGUACUUCUUUGUGCCGGAAACAAGGGGUAAGAGUCUGGAAGAUAUGGAUGCUGUGUUUGGUGACACGGCGGCUCAAGAGGAAAAGGCGAGACUGAUGGAGAUUGCCUCAGCAAUGGGCCUGACUGAGCCGCUGCCUAUUCAGAAGGUUGACAUUGCAAGAGCCGAGCAGCACGAGGGUGAUCACAGGGUAUAAGCUCCUGUUGAUUGGCAGUAUCAAGUCUCAUACAAGUCACAUACUUGUAUCGUAGUCAAUGGAUGCGUACGCAAUACAGAAGUUGCAAACAAUGAAUACGCACACGCUGAACCACACCAAGGGUCUCAAGAUACAGUACCUCAUACAUAAGAUAUACGUG